GACUGCGCUGGCUCUCUCAGGUAGAGAGCGCCGGCUCUGCAGAGCUGCUCCGAGAGUUUGCCUCCCAGACAAACUGCAAACCCACCCAAAGCUUGUGAACAGAACACAGGUCCCUCCCAGCUCCAGGAGGAGAGAGACAGAGACAGAGACACAGAGAGAGAGAGAGAGAGAGAGAGAGCAGCACCUCAGCACUGAGUUGAUAUCCUGAUGCACAGACCUGCCGACCUGGGAAAACCAUGGGCCGCGCGGGGGCAGAGGUCGCGGCCCCGGCCGGGGUCACCUCGCUGUCGUCGGACUCGGACUGGGCCAGGGGGUCACGGAGGGCAAAGGUCAUGAAGAAGACGACGGUGCUGGCCGUUCUAGUGGUGGUCUUGACCUACCUGAUGGCGGGAGCCAUUAUCUUCCAGCUCCUGGAGCAACCCUUCGAGCAGAGUCAACAGGCGUCCGUCGCUCAGGCACGGGAGGUCUUCCUGCUGGAUAACCCGUGUGUGAACAUCACCCAACUGGACCGGCUUCUGGAGCACACGGUGAGGGUGGUGGAGCUGGGGGUGGACCCUCUGACCAACAGCAGUAACACCAGCAGCAGCUGGGACCUGAGCAGCUCCUUCUUCUUUGCUGGAACCGUCAUCACCACCAUCGGUUUCGGGAAUAUCUCACCCAAGACGGAAGGGGGGAAGAUUUUCUGCAUUAUCUACGCCCUGGUCGGUAUUCCAAUGUUUGGCUUUCUCCUCGCUGGAGUAGGCGACCAGCUGGGAUCCGCCCUGGGUCAGCUGAUUGGGAAAGUCGAAGAUAUUUUCCUCCGAUGGAAGGUGUCCCCGACUCUCAUUCGGGUCCUCUCCACCCUGCUCUUCAUCCUGAUUGGCUGCCUGAUGUUCGUCUUCUGCCCUGUGCUGGUGUUCCGUUGGAUGGAGGAUUGGCCGCUCCUGGACUCCGCCUACUUCGUCGUGGUCACCCUGACGACCAUCGGAUUCGGGGAUUACGUGGCAGCUACGCCUCUUGGUGCCCUCCAGCGAUGGCGUUGGCGCUCGCUACAACCGGCGGAGAUUCCAAGCGGGUUUACAAAGUCUGGUACAAGCCCCUGGUCUGGUUCUGGAUCCUCCUGGGCCUGGCCUAUUUUGCCGCCAUUCUCUCGAUGAUUGGAGACUGGCUCCGCGUUCUGACCCGGAGGAC